AGGACGGCUGCCAGUUUUGUUUGAUCGAUUGCGAGCGACGUCACGUGUUCCUCUUGCGGCUCAUGUGACCCGUUGGUACGGACCAAUCGCAGGGCGUGUUUUGCGGUGGGCAGAGCGAAAGGAAGGAGAAAAAAAAAUCAUUUUUCCUUUGCGAUACUUAUUCUUGCAACGCUAAAGGUGCUUGUCGACGAUCCCGCGCUACGUAAAGGCGAUCUCUUAAACUACAUCCCUUAAACUCUCAUCAUCCCUCGCAUUCCUUUCACACAGCCCGUCCUCCUCUCAGAUCCAUUCCCAACAUGGAACCCAUCAAGGUCCAGUCCGAGGGGGGUCUGAAUGUGACCCUCACGAUCCGGCUGCUAAUGCAUGGCAAGGAAGUGGGAAGCAUCAUAGGAAAGAAAGGAGAAACUGUCAAGAAAAUGCGUGAAGAUAGCGGAGCCCGAAUCAACAUCUCAGAAGGAAACUGUCCCGAGAGAAUAGUGACCAUCACAGGGCCAACAGAUGCCAUUUUCAAGGCGUUUGCCAUGAUCGCCUACAAGUUUGAAGAGGAUAUAAUUAACUCCAUGAGCAACAGCCCAGCCACCAGCAAACCACCGGUGACCUUGAGGCUGGUUGUCCCAGCCAGCCAGUGUGGCUCGCUCAUUGGCAAGGGAGGCUCCAAAAUCAAAGAAAUGAGAGAGUCCACAGGUGCUCAGGUCCAAGUGGCUGGCGACAUGCUUCCCAACUCCACCGAGCGUGCCGUGACCAUCUCAGGAGCCCCAGAAGCCAUCAUCCAGUGUGUGAAGCAGAUAUGUGUGGUGAUGCUUGAGUCCCCACCGAAAGGUGCCACAAUCCCCUACCGCCCCAAGCCUGCCUCCACCCCUGUCAUUUUUUCAGGUGGCCAGGUAAGAGCAGACCCACUGGGGGCGUCCACAGCCAACCUCAGCCUCUUACUGCAGCACCAGCCACUGCCUGCUUACACCAUCCAAGGACAGUACGCCAUCCCUCAUCCAGAUUUGAGCAAGCUCCACCAGUUGGCUAUGCAGCAAACCCCUUUUACCCCCCUCGGACAGACCACCCCUGCCUUCCCCGCAGGUCUGGAUGCCAGUAACCAGGCCAGUACUCAUGAACUCACCAUUCCCAAUGAUCUAAUAGGCUGCAUAAUCGGACGCCAGGGAACCAAAAUCAACGAGAUCCGUCAGAUGUCUGGGGCCCAGAUCAAAAUUGCUAAUGCCAUGGAAGGGUCAUCGGAGCGCCAGAUCACCAUCACAGGGACUCCCGCCAACAUCAGCCUGGCACAGUACCUCAUUAAUGCAAGGUUCAGAGACGUGGCGGCAAUGUGGAAUGACCCAUCAUCCAUGACCACAUCUUGAGCUCCCUGACUGGCUCCUCCGUUUGGCACUUACCAUUGACUGACCACCGUAGACAACCCUGAUAAGCCCUAUGGACUCUGGCUCUGGCUCUGGCUCUUUGAAAUAAAAAAACAAAAGGAAAAAAAAAAUACUCCACCCAGUCUGGUUUUUAAAACCAUCAAGAAUGGUUGGAGCUCAUUUUGAUUUCAGAGAGCCACUUUUAGUUCAAGAGCGAAAUUUAAAAAAAUAACAGUAUUUCUCUGUUGAUUAGGUUUCUUUUCAUUUAUUUAUUUUUUUCUUUUAGAAAACUGUCAAAGCAUGUUGAAUGUUUAUUAGAAGAACUUAAUUUCUGUCUAUGUAUCUGUCGCUUUGUUUCUUUCUCUCUGUCAGUGCUGCGUCAUAGAAAGUUCAAAAAUAUGUAGAAAGUAGAAACACAGCUGCUUGGUGUUGCUAUCUGCAGAGUGUGGUGGGAUGUAGCCAAAUUUUUAUAAUAUACAGAGAAAAAUGAUACUGGAAAAAAAAAUUGGCCUUUUCUGCUUCCAUCCCAAUUUGUACCCAUGACUCUUGCUGCAUCACAUGACCCUCUCAAGCCAAUGGUAUCGCUCCUAGAACCUCCCAUCUCAUGUUUGCUUCCUAUAUUUACAUCAUUGCUUAUAUUGCAUGUGUUUGUGUGGUGCUGUUGUGUAUUUGCUUCAACCUGUUCAGUGUACCUUUAAAUAUCUUUGACAUAUUUGUGCUCCUGAUCUUUACCGCCAACAUUUUCAACACUUGGACCAACGGCGUCAAGUCCUUCACCCUGCCCAGAGAAACGAAACCUUGCCGAUAUAUGUAGCCUCCCUUUUCAUUAUUAUUCUAUAGAUGCAUGAAUGGAAAUUAGAUAAUAAUCAGUUGGUAUAGCACUGACUUUAAAAUGUAAUGAUUGUUGCUAACAUAUGUUUACCGUAUUUCUUUUUUUGCAAAGGACUUUGUGACAUAAGUCAACUACGCGGCGCUCAUGCAAUACUCAUCACUUUGCUCUGGACUGCCUCUGAUGUGGGAGGACUUAGUUGGCCCGAAAAGCCAAGUGUUGCAUCCAAACCUUUUUGGCUUCUUUAGAGUUGCACCGUAUGAGUAUAUUAUUAUGUCAUUAUAUUUAUUUCAGGAUAAAACAGCUACUUCAUGGUCAAACUAUGAACAAUAAUGGCGGACAGUAUAUUGGGUGCUGUGUUCGCAAAGUCUUAUUUAGCUGAGUAACAUGUUGUUGGUUUAGCUAGCAUGCUGCUACUACGAAAUCACCCACGAAUGCUAACACCUGGUCACUCAGAGCAGAACCUCAAAAGUUUUACUUACCCGUGCAGCUUUAAUUCAAGAUUCCACAGAGCAACCUACAAAGGAAAGAAGCCAGAAAAAAUAAACACGGCUAAAAGGCCUACACGUUUGGAAAAUGCCAAAUGGAACUCUUUUGGGCCAAGGAAUGUUCAGGGGUUCGUCGGAGGGAACCCACGGGGGCCUGGGCGGACGUGACCACUCAAGUCUCUUUUUCACGAUUGUUCAUUUUUUCAUGUGUUCUUUAUUGUCAUGCUUUAGGUUUGAAUGUCUUUUCAUUGUCACGACUGUGUCUGCAACUGCAUUGUUUUUACUUUAGGACAAGCUGGAUGACAGUUUCUACAUCGCCAGCCUGCACUUAUUUAUUAAUGGAGUGUUAAUGCAAAUGUUUGUUUGUCGCUAACAAAGCUACUUUUAUUUUUCUUUUUGUGGUGUAUUUCAUUUAAGAGAGGGAGGGGAGGAGGACGUUCGCCAUCAGUUAGUCGAUGCUCAAUGUAUUGGAGAUGUUGAGUCAUUGAUGCAUAUAAAACAGCUGUUGAAUGUUAUUGUUGAAUCACAGUAUCUGCUGGUAAAAGCAACAUUCACAAUUCACUUAUUUUACAGUACCAUGGCAACUUUGACUCAUAGCCAAGAUGUGACGACAUGCCUGAAAACCAUUGCUAAUCAAUUACCUGCAAUAACUACAAUCCUCCUACACCAACAUUUUAAACAUCACGUUUCAAAAUUGCACUUUUUAAUCAAUUCAUUUAAGUCGUUUUUUAAAGGAACAUGUAGCAAUUUAUUUCUGUGUUAUUUAUUUUUUCCCACAGGAAGGCCAAGCUAUCUGAUAUAAGGAUACGUUAUCAGUGCAUGUUGUUUUUUUACGUUAUCACUGCAAAUGGAUUAUGGCGUAGCAAGGGUUGUAAAUGAUGGCAGAGUGAUUUCAAUAACAUUAAUAUAUAUGUAUUAUUAAGUGUUUGACAUCUGUAUUUUCGUUUGUGUAUAUGCCUGAGUAAACAACUUUAAGACAAACAGCAACCGAUGCAAUAAUAUUGUGCAAUUAUUUAUCAAUUUAUCUCUUUAUUAGGAUAGAAACAAGAGCUGUGUUGCUUGUUGAAAAAAGGGCGUUUGAAUUGCUAUCCACGUUUCUUGUGGCAACAGGAAAAAAAAAGUUUGUUUUUUUCAACUUUCUUUUACGUGUAUUUGCAGUUUUACGGGAAACAAGUGAUAGAGGUUUGUUACUAUUUCACAUUGAUUUAUUUGCUCUGUGUAAAUUUAUAUUAGUUGUGAGUAACUACAUAGACAUACAUUUCAAAGAGGUGGUAAUUAAAAUAAGAAAUAAAGUUUCAUUUUUUCUUUCUGUGA